CGCUGCCCAAAUUUGAAUAGACGAGCACGCAUGCUUCUUCGUUCCAUACCUACCAUUCCACACAAACCCUCUAUAAAACCCCCAACCUUUGCUCGCCAUUCUCCAUCUGGAAUUCACUCACCACAACUUAGCAGAAGAAGUGAAGCCCAAUAAAGAAUCCAAUUUAACCAUGAGUCUCCCGUGUUGGAACCUCGAGGUCGAGUCCCAAGCUCCCGCUCCAAGGUUGUUCAAGGCGGUCCUCGACUGGCACAACUUGGCCGCUAAGCUCCUGCCUGAUAUCAUCGUAAGCGCCGCCGGUGUCCAUGGUGAUGGUAGCGUCGGGAGUGUCAGGCAGAUCAACUUUACCUCAGCGAUGCCAUUUGGCUAUGUAAAGGAGCGCCUCGACUUUGUGGACUUCGAUAAGUUUGAGUGCAAGCACAGCCUGGUGGAAGGAGGCGAUCUUGGGAAGAAGAUCGAGUCAGCCUCAACCCAUUUCAAGUUCGAGAAAUCCAGCAAGGGAGGGUGCGUGUGCAAGGUGGUGACAACCUAUAAGCCAUUACCAGGAGUUGACAACAAGGAUGAGAUAGCCAAGGGAAAGGAAGCAGUGAUCGGGAUUAUCAAGGCUGCAGAGGCCUACCUCCUGGCCAACCCUGGUGCCUAUGCUUGAAGUGGUUAGUUCGGGUUUGAGUUCGUAUACCUGCUGGUGUGAGAACUAUAAUAAUCAAGAGCUUGCGUUUGGAGUGAGUGUUUGUGAGGUUGCAAUGGUUGCUUCAAUGCUUCCCUUUUCUACUGAGUGUCUCUGCAUGGUUUUCUAAAAUAGACAAUUAAAUAAAUAAACCAACCUGGUUUAGUGUGUUUGCUGCAUUUGUGAACCUUUUCACGAUGUCAUCCAAUUCAGAUAAAAGAAAUUGAAAAAAGUAUGGCCGUCCGGUCAAGUGCC